AAACAACUCCAAAAAAUCAAGGGGAGUAGUUAAAUUUGCUAUUUCCACCUGAAUUCCAGGUUGGGCAGUGAAUGGGGGAAGUACAGGUGCUGCAGAAUUUGUGGGCUGCCAUUCGGGAUUUGCAAGCACAUCCGGAAGGAUACUAGGGGCUCUAUGGGCCUGUGUACGAUUCUUGGUGGCUGCGGGACAAUACUUGUGCUCACCACCGCACCAGCUUGUACUGCACUUAUGAGACUCGCCAUGUCACCAAGUGAUACUGCAGUGCUGGUAUGUGAAAGACCAGGAAGUACUAGGCCACUAGUACUUGCCAGUUCACCAAAAGGUAGCAUGGCACUAGUACUGGCACUCUGCUGCAUAUGAGAGUCAUCAAAAUUUUACCAAC